AGGACACCGUGCAGGACGUUCCUUCGGCGUGUCACGUAAAGGCGUCGUGGCAGGCACAGAGCAGCGGCAGACUGAGUAGAGCUCAAGACUAAGGAAAUAUAUUUCUCCUUCGAUAGACCAGUAUGAUAUUCCGUUUGGAAGAGACUUGCAGAAACAUUUAUUUUGUUGCAUGUGGUGCUCUUAAAUGCUAUCGAUAUAAUGAUUCUCUCAGGCAGCCAUCAGCAAGCCUGGGUCUUUUCAAGUACUGGAAGGCUGCUAUUUUCCAAGGAAAGUACAGACACCUAAGCUUGCUUGCAACAAGCUGUCUCUUACCCAGAGAAAAUGAAAUGUUUCUUGGGAUGUACAGGCUGCAAGCAGAAAACUGUUGGUGUGUUGCUCUCUAGCAGAGGUUGAGAUCUCAAUUUCUUCCCUUGAUACCCAUCCUUUGAAAGAGUCUUUCACAUGUCUGGGAGAUGAUCAUGUCCCUCAGAGCCUGGUUUUUGAGCCACUCUCCCGAAUUAAUAUGCGAGGCUUGCUGGAGCAAGGGAUACCUACUGCCCACCUAGAGGAGUCCUCCAAGGAACGUGGCUUGAUCUCCCUCUUGUGGAAAUUUAUCAGAACUAAAUUCUUGUGAUAUUGAAAAGUCCAGCAUCAGCAAACAAAUGAUGGCAGCAGUUACCAUACCACCUGAUGCUCUUGUUAGCCCUCAAGGAAAUGAAGAGAUGGACUCUCUGAUCGUACUACAUUAUAAUUACACAGGAAAGCUCAUUCUAAGGGAAAAAGCUACUGAUAACAUUGACCUGCCUGCUAUUGCAUUUCUUAUCCUAUGUAGUUUCAUAGUCCUGGAAAACUUGAUGGUAUUGAUUGCCAUAUGGAAAAACAAUAAAUUUCACAACCGCAUGUACUUUUUUAUUGGCAAUCUAGCUCUCUGUGAUCUUUUAGCUGGGAUUGUUUACAAAGUAAACAUUCUUAUGUCUGGGAAGAAAACCCUGAGUUUGUCCUCCACGGUCUGGUUCAUUAGGGAAGGCAGUAUGUUUGUUGCCCUGGGAGCCUCCACUUUCAGUUUAUUAGCAAUAGCUAUUGAGCGGCAUUUAACCAUGAUUAAAAUGAGGCCUUACGAUGCAAAUAAAAAAUAUAGAGUGUUCCUUCUCAUUGGUACAUGCUGGCUUAUUUCAAUUUCCUUGGGGGCCUUACCCAUCCUUGGCUGGAAUUGUAUAAACAACUUAGCAGAUUGCUCAACAAUUUUGCCUCUAUACUCUAAGAAGUAUGUGGUGUUCUGCAUUAGUAUAUUCAUAGCCAUUUUGGCUGCCAUUGUCAUCCUUUAUGCUCGUAUCUACAUCCUGGUAAAGUCCAGCAGUCGUAAUGUCACUAAUCACAAUAACUCAGAGAGGUCCAUGGCACUCCUUAGGACUGUUGUGAUAGUUGUUAGUGUCUUUAUUGCCUGUUGGUCACCGCUGUUCAUUCUGUUCCUUAUCGACGUGGCCUGCAGAGUCAAAGAGUGCUCUAUCUUGUACAAAGCCAACUGGUUUAUUGCUCUGGCAGUCAUCAAUUCUGCAAUGAAUCCCAUCAUCUACACUCUGGCCAGUAAAGAAAUGCGUCGGGCUUUCUUUCGCCUUGUUUGUGGCUGCCUGGUGAAAUCCCAGGUGGCCAGAUCUUUGCCUAUUCAGCCCACGCCAGAUCACAGUCGAAGUAAAUCCAGCAGCAGCAAUACCCAGAAGCCAAAGGAAGAUUUCCCACAAAUUAAUGUUUCCUCAUGUAUUGCUGAGAAAAAUGAAUCUUCAUUUCACAAUGGAAACUUCUGCACUGCCACAGCAUGGGGUUGUGUUAGAAAUUCUCACUGGGAAGAAGUCCAGCGACUGGGACAAGAUCUCAUUUUCUGGCAAUGGGACUCUACACUCUUACCAUCUCCAAGCACUUUUGCAGAUGAAAGAGGAAAGGUGCGGUACAAGAGGAUCAUGCUGAAGGGCAUAUCUCCAUGUAUACCUGACCCUGUCUUGGGUGUGGAAGGAAAGCCUCUUCAGUUUGGAAGACCUUUCAACUUUCCUGGAGCCCCAGACUUACUCUUUUGAGAGGCUGUUCCAGGGAAACCUGUAUGAAAAUAACUUUGUGAUCUAUCACUGGCUUACUAGCCUCAGUACUGGCUAUUCAUUGACAUUCAGCAUUAGAGGUCUUCCCUGAGACCUAGAGCAGUUAAGACUUCAUAAACACCUGGUUUCAAGUCCCCAUGGAAGUGGCCUGUAGUAUUUCCAUCAGUAAUACUUUAUGGCUCAAGGCUUCAGUGAAGGUUGACAGGAAAUACUGAGAUUAGUUCCUUUGUCUUUCAGUAAGAGUGUAAGGGUCUAACUUUAUUGGCCUGUUUCAAAGUGUGAUGUCUCAAGCCACACCUUGCCUUAUGCACAAUCAGUAGUUGAGGCUUUAAUACACAGCCUGAAAGAGCCUUUAGCUUUACUCUGGUCUUAAUCGUUUAAAGCUGCAGCAUUAGACUCUUCUUAAGUAUGUACAGUGUAUAAGUUGUGUAAUGGGUGUAGUAAAAGCCUUUAAAAUGUAGAGGUUUCAUUUUCAUUAUCUUUUACAAGUUAAGUCUUAUGGUGUUAGCAGCGUAAGAACAAAGGUGAUCUGUAUUUGAAUUAUAUAACUGUGAAAAAACAAAAUUAAUUACCAAAAAUGUUGAAAAGCAGUGCACUCAGAGAAGAAGAAAAAGCUAAACUAUGCUGAGCAUGAUAUAACUGUACAAACUGUACGUACAGGCUAGGUCAGCAGCUCUGUAGCUUUGUGAGAAAUAGAACUGGUGACAUUGUAUUGCCAUGGCUUGCUUAAGUUUUUAGAUCUUAACUGUGCUAUUUGGCUGUAUUUUCAGUGUGGAAAUUCUCUCCCAAAGUUAUGUCUUCAAAAAUUGCCAGCUAAAAUAUUUGGAUAAUUCUAAAUGUUAGGUCAUGAGGUGGUGGCAUGUGGCAGUCCUUGCUAUUGUAGAGCAGAAAGGCCUUAGAAGCACAAUGGUUUGAGAAAACAUUGUGGCUGACCAACUUUUAUGUCAUGGAUGUUACAUUAUUCUCACAAUAUAAGUGGAAAAAAAUUAAAAUAAAUUAAUAGCCCAAGUCCAAGAAUAUGGACAUGAAAAUGAGUUUUAACAUCUAGAUUCUAGCCUUAGCUAUUGUCAGAGUUGAUGCAAAGUACAGGCAAUGCAAGCGACUCCACUGUUGGAGGCUGUGCGAUUGUGUGUCAGUACAAAAACCUUUCACUCUAUUUUGAUUUCCUUUUCUUAUUUUGAAGCUGUGGGGAUAUUUUGUUAGGUCAUUACCCUACUGUACCUGAAGCAGGCUUUUAAGAUUCAUGGGUACACAUGUAACACUGCUAAUAAUUUACAAAGUACUUAAAGCUGAAGAGGAAAAAUCUGUUCUGGAUACAGUCUUCAGUGGGUACUUCCCACUGGGAUGUAUUAUGUGGAGUACAGAUUCUAGAAAAUUCCAGAGCAAAAUUUUAUAGUAGGGCAAGUCAAGUAGUGGACCAUAAACAACUGGAAGAUAUUCUAUCAUUGAAGGUGGAAAAAGAUGAAGAAUAGCUUCUUCAUCCUAAAAUAUUAGAACAUUCCUUAAAAUCUAUCCCAGAAUCCAAGCUUUUUAUAAUUUAGUCCUAUCUGAGAACACAAGAAUCAGGUCUCCCUCUCCCAAUUGGUUUUACAUAGAGCAAAAGCCACAAAGGAGAUGAACAUUUCAUUCAUGUUAUUUCAUUAAUUGGAAUAUUUAUUAUGAAGGAAAUGCAAAUCAAACCACCUAAGUAGAAAAAAAGCUUUCAUAAUAUGCUUUCCAAGUGUCUUUUAUUGCCAACAGUUUUUCAGAGUAUUUUUAACACUUUAGGUACCACAAACACUAUGAAAACUUUUAAUUAAAUCUCAAACCUUUGAACCAAA